AUGGCACCAUCCAACUCCACCAUAAUGUUUCUUUCAUAUUGUUUUCUCUUUGUUUUAAUAGUUGCAGGAAAACGAAGUGCGACAGAGAGAAGCGAAGCCAAAGUAGAUGCCAUAGCCCACCACUAUCAAACAGUCAAAUUAAGCUCUUUCUUAUCAUCUUCUAUUUGUAGCCCAUCCACUAAACGUGACAAGAAAUAUGGAUCAUUGAAAGUGGUUCACAAACACGGACCAUGUUCCAAGUUCAGUAAAAACAUUAUGAAACCCAUAACCAUGGAAGAAAUAUUGACCCAUGACCAGUCCAGAUUUGACGCAAUCAAAUCAAGGUUGACAACCACCACCACCACUGGAAAAAAAGGUAUCAAAACCUCCAUGGCAACCAUGCCUGCAACAUCCGGCACCCUAUUCAAUUCCGGCAACUACAUAGUAACAAUUGGAAUGGGCACCCCAAAGAAAGAUCUUUCACUCAUUAUGGACACAGGAAGCGAUUUAACAUGGACACAAUGCCAACCAUGUUCAGGCUCCUGUUAUAGCCAACAAGAUCCCAUGUUUUCACCUUCCUUAUCAACUACCUAUUCCAACAUCUCUUGCACAUCAACGGAGUGCUCAUUACUUCCUUCAGCCACCGGAAACCUUCCUGGUUGUAGGUCAUUAACAUGUGUCUAUGGCAUUCGAUAUGGAGACGGAUCCUACUCAGUUGGAGAGUUUGCAAAAGAGAAACUUACAUUGAGUAAAAACGAGGAAUUUGAUAAUUUCAUGUUUGGGUGUGGCCAAACCAAUGACGGAGACUAUGGAACAGCUACCGGGCUGCUUGGGCUCGGUAGUGGCAAACUUUCAAUUGUGUCACAAACUGCUAAUAAAUACGGGAAAGUCUUCUCUUAUUGUCUUCCAUCAACAGAUAGCAGUAGUGGUUACUUAACAUUUGGAAAAAGUGGAAUUUCUAGAAAUGUCAAGUACACACCUUUGUUAACCUCUCUAGGGGGUAGUACUUUCUUUAAUGUUAAGUUGGUUUCUAUGACGAUUGGUAAUACAAGAAUAGCAAUGAGAUCGAGUAUGAUCAUGGACUCAGGAACUGUUAUCACAAGGCUCCCUCCGAAGGCUUAUUUGGCUCUUAGAAACACGUUUCGAGCAGAAAUGACGCAAUACCCAUUGACUAAACCAUUGUCGAUACUUGAUACGUGUUAUGAUUUAAGUAACCAUACGGAUGUUAGGAUGCCAACGAUAAGCAUGGGUUUUGGUCAGAAUGUAAACGUGGGUAUUCAACCUCAAGGGGCGCUUAUUGCAACUAGUCGUGAUAAAAUGUGCUUGGCUUUUACUGGGAAUGACGAUGAUUCUGAACCUAGUAUAUAUGGGAAUAUUCAGCAAAUGACAACGCAGAUUGUGUAUGAUAUGGCUGAAGGAAAAGUAGGGUUUUCCCCUCAAGGAUGUGAGUGAACACAAGUCAU